UGGUCCAGGUCCUUGUCUUUCACAUCGCCCUGAAAGCUCAAAUAGGGGGACUGGUAGUGGUACACCGUGCACAGCAAUCACACAGCUACUGAUACCCUUUGAAAUAUGGAUCAUAAAUUUGUCUCAAAUUCUUUUGAAUUGGAAAACACGUCAAGCAACAGGCUCUCUAGGGAUAAGGGGAGGAUGGAAAUGGAAGAUGGGAGGCAUGAUUUUAUCAGCAGUUUGCCUCAAGAUAUUCUGAAACGCAUCAUAUCUCUCCUUCCUUUGGACGAGGCAGUGAGAACGAGCACUUUUUCAGCUGUAUGGAGAAGCCUCUGGGUACCUGUUUUAGUACCCUGUCAUGAAGAAGCUGAAGGAGAGCUGAAAGAAAUCAUCUCUAUGCUCUCCAAGUCUUAUGAUAGUCAUCGGAUAUGGAAACUCUAUUUAAGCUACCAGGAUAGCAAGAAAGCAGCUUCAGAAACUAAGUAUGACGUUUUCGUUUUAGCUACCAAAGGGGUAGAACAUAAACUUAUCCUAGAGUUCUCUAAGAGGGAGAAAGAGGCCAAGGAUUUCCAUUUGAAGUUCAAACCAACUUGCCCUGCCUCAGGGGCAGUCAGCUUUUCCACUCUCAAGAUGCUCCGUCUUAGAUCAGUUAACAACCUCGGUAAAGAUUUGACUUCUGCCUUAUUCUCCAGUUGUAAGUUUCUUGAAAGCUUAGAACUUGAAAAGUGUAGUGGAUUGCAAAGCCUAGAUAUAGAGGCCAAUGACAACCUUCAAAGCCUGAAGGUACUGGAUUGUCCAGACAUGGUCAACAUCAGAGUCUCAGCAAGACAUCUCAGAUCGUUUUGGUAUCAAGGUGUUCUUCCUCAGGUUCAGCUGAAGAAUACCUUAGACUUGGUGGAAGUGAUGCUUGAUUUGAGAGAUGGUUUUUGUAGUUGUGAGUUUGAUUGUGAGGAUGUUGUUUCUUUCCUAACUUCUCUCAAGGAAAUUGAGAUCCUGACUAUUAGCAGUUGGCUUCUUGAGUGGUUGUGCUCAGGAGGAGUUAUCUUUUCAAGGCUGGAAUUGAGAUUCAACAAGUUAAAGGAAUUGAGCUGGAUGGAGCACUCUGGAAUGAACAAGACAAAACGGGACUCACUGGCUUGCUUCCUGAACAUCUGUCCUGCCAUGGAGAAGUUGCUAAUCAAAGUUGAUCCUGGCCUCAACUCUAUAUCUUGUCCAUAUUUUCACCAAUACUUGCAUGAACCUCACCUUUGGAUGGAUGAUGCAACGGUGAAGUCCAAUACUUCACGGCUCGAGAACCUCAAGAUUGUUGAGUUUUGGGGUUACAAAAGUGAGGAAGAUCAGUUUUUGCUGUUAGAACUUUUACUGGAGAAGGCAAACAUGCUGGAGUCAAUAACUGUUACUUCACCAGAGAAUCAUUCAUGGGAGGUUGCAAAGAUCCCUCAGAGUCAGCUAAAGCAGACAUGGAACACAAGUAACCAACGAAAGCAGAAUGCUGUUUUUUCUCUUUUCAGGGCCUUCUUUAUGGCAGUUUUUGAAGAGAUUCAUGUUGUUUUCUGUCCAGAAAAGGCUGAAAUUUGUAAUUUGAGUUGGUUUUGAAUCUAUCUUGUGCAUUUUGAUUGAACAAACUGUAUUAACAUUUUCAAUCUGUACAUGUCAAAUUGAGUAAUGCUUGCUUGCUUAAGCUCUAUUUGAUGGAUU